UCAGGCUGCUGGCUGUUCCGUGCUCCCCACCUUGAGCGCACACUGGGCCCUCGCCACACGCGCGCGCUCUUCUGAUUUCGUCUCGCCGCGGCAAAGAAAAGAAAGAGACGAGGAGAGAAAAGGAUCAGGAACGUAAUGGCUGCGCAGGAGGCGUCGCAGGCGCUGCGGUGGCGGUACGGCGGCGACGUGGACGAAGGGAACUUGGGCGUGCGCGGCCGGGAAGUGCCCCUGCUCGUGGCGCUCCUGGCCAUCCUCGUGUGCUUCGUGGGCGUCUGCUUCUACCUCCGCUGGGUGUGCCACCGCUACAACGAGAACGGCUCCACGACGCUGCUGCCAUCCUUCUCCUCGUCCUCCGCAGCUGCUACGGCGCCGGUGGAUGCCGGCCUCGACGCUGCCGCGAUAGCCGCCUUGCCCGUGACGCUGUACCAGCUGCGGCGGCGAGGCCGGCCGGCAGCGGCAGCUGGUGACCGCGAGCUGGACGACGCGGCGGCGCAGUGCUCGAUAUGCCUGGGCGAGUUCGCGGAGCAAGGGGAGAAGGUCAAGGCGCUGCCGCGGUGCGGGCACUGCUUCCACCCGGAGUGCGUCGACGCGUGGCUGCGGUCGCGGCCCAGCUGCCCGCUUUGCCGGGCAUCGCUUCUCCCCGACGCCACCAAAGCUGCAGGCGGCGCCGGAAGCGAAGCCGUCUGAUAUAUAUCCAUCCUAUAGUGUGAGUUUUUGUUUUUUCGAGAGCUCCUACAGGCUACAGUGUGAGUGUGUGACUGACAUUGGAGCCCCCGCCCCAGAACCGGUUCUCUGGGCCGGCGGCCGAGGCCCACAUUCCAUUGGACCGGCGGGUGCAUGCGCUGGCCAUGGGGGCUACCAAUAGAUUUCCCUUGAGUUAACUUCCAGUACAUCGAUCGUUUAGUUCGUUUUGACACCGUGGAGCGUUUGAUAUGCCGCCCACAGCAAUAAUAGAAGAGUAGCUUGCGUCUCUUGCUGGCCGUUUGCAGGGCAGCGGGCGAUGACGUUCCUCAGAACUGAUGCCAUUUAUGGAGCGUUGCACUUGCACCUCAGCAACGGGGGCACUUUUAGCUUUCAGUUGAAGGGGACUAGGGGAGGCAGUUGGCAAGUUGGGCUUGCACGAAACGGAAAGCCUGCUUGCUGCGGUCGUCGCUGAUGCGAGUACUUGCCAGUUUAUUCUACAUACGGAGUAUCUUUUUUCUUUAAUCGAAGUUUAUUGCCCUGAAAUUUGUAGAUGGCCAUUGAUUUUGAGUACGCAAUGACAACGAAUUUGAGCUGGGCGAGAGUUCUGGUUUUUCUCUGUAGAAAUAGCUGGGCAAGAGCUGGAUUGAUGCUCAGUUUUGGGCUGUAACUGUUUGUAGGGUCCAGAAGGAAAAAUAAAGGAUAUGGGCUAAGACAUGGUUAUGUGGCCAGCUAAUCCGAAGCCCACGAGAAAUAACCUGGUCAAAUAGCCACUGCAUGUUCUGCUUUUUGUAA